GGGAAGGAACGUUAUAAUCAUGAAUUUAUCAGAUUCUGAUAGUGAUGUGGAUGAAGAGUUUAUGAAGCAUUUGUUUAGCGAUGAUAUGCUCAAGAAACUUGAGUUGGAGGACAGAAAUCAAGAAAAUAAAUUAGGAACCAGAAAAGAAGAACCCUCAACCAGCCAUGAAUAUAUGGAUACCAAGAGAGGCAAGAGAAAGAUUACUAAGACAGCGCGACCAAAGCAGAAAACCCCUCGGAAUAUUUCGUCCAGAAAAAAGCGCGACUCUCUGCCCUUAGAAAAACCAGAAAUAAACUUUUCCACACAGACAGACACCUCCUUCCGACCUCCUUUAUCCUGUGCCCCGAUUUCAAAACCGCUGCCCACCAAGUUGUGUGUUGCCAAUGUCGACGAGAGUUCUGAGCCCAUGCCCGCGAUUUCCGACGUGACACCAGUGCCACCGUCAAUGGCAUCUAGGAAAGUAAGGAAGCGACGACUGCACACCAAGAACAAGGUGAAAGAGUCGGCAAAAAGUAGCAAGAUAGUGCAAAAACCUCCUGUCGAUAUAGAGCCACCACCGAAAGUGGAGCCAGAGUCGUCAAUUGCCCAGAACUUUCGACCCAUAUCGCCUAUUGAUCUGCCCUCGUCGGAGGAUAUCUGGAAAAUGUACGAGGACCUUAAAAAGGGUUUGGUUCCGCCCUCAGAAGCAGAGUGGCCCUUGUGUUGUAUGGUAAGUCCGAUAAGACCCAAGACUCCACCUCCUAAAAUUGUGGAAUGUCUGACGUCCAUGGAGACUCCGUCGAAAAUAGUUGAGUCUCAAGAAAAAAAUCCUGCGGAGGGGUUGAUCUAUUGGGACAUGGACAGCAAAUUUAAUAAUGACACCCAGCAGAACCGAAAUUCUCACGAUGAAGAUUUCGUCUUCGAGCACAUGACUAUCGGUGCUGAAGAAGAGCGGGCCAUGAAGGAUUGGAUAGAAUCGGAAAAACUUCUCGAACCUUUGAGUGAUAUAGAGGAAUAUGAUAUGCUAUUGAGCUUAGCCAGAGACCCUGAAAAAAAUCGGGACAUCAUCUUGGAGCUGUUGAAGCCCAAAAAUGUUCGUACCGCGCAAGUGAAGCAAGUGCACGAUGAUAUAGAGCUGGUAUCCGAUGAAGACAUUCCUGCGAUAAAUAUUGUAGAUCCAUUUAAAGCAGUUUCACUGAAUGAGCUUAGACCAGAACGUCCGAUUAUUCUUGAGGUUCAAUAUAUUGGAUCAGUACCGCCAAAACCCCAGGACGAGGCAGCUAGCCAGGAUUGGCUACAGCUAUGUAAUGAGACCGUUUCCCAGCAAUUCCAUUUAAUUGAGAACGAGGAGUGCUCCAAGGCAGUCUCUACAGAACCAGGACCCAUUGAUUUCGAAAACGAGCUAAACAAGGUUCUAAUGAAGCCACAAAGUUAUCACGGAAUGACUUCCACAGUUCGCCUCGAGGACUUCGAGAACAUUCUCGAACAAAACAUGACUGAAUACAAGGAUCCCCAAGCCAAAGAACCAGAACGUCCGAUUAUUCUUGAGGUUAAAGAUAUUGGAUCAGUACCGCCAAAACCCCAGGACGAGGCAGCUAGCCAGGACUGGCUACAGCUAUGUAAUGAGACUGUUUCCCAGCAAUUUCAUUUAAUUUACAACGAGGAGUGCUCCAAGCCAGCCUCUACAGAACCAGGACCCAUUGAUUUCGAAAACGAGCUAAACAAGGAUAUAAUGAUGCCACGAAAUUAUCACGGAAUGACUUCCACAAUUCGCCUCGACGACUUCGAGAACAUUCUCGACCACUACAUGACAGAAUACAAGGAUCUCCAUGCCGAAGUACUCCACUCCAAGUGGAAACUAAAAUAUGGCUCGGAUAAUCUGAAGAGAAUUUUGCCGCUUCCGCCCUUACCAGUUCAUCAGGAGAAGUGCCUCCAGAAGAUCAGAAUCCUAAGACGUCCUACAAAGCGAAAUGUCGAGUGCCUGCGCUUGCCCAUUGUAAUAAACUACUGCAAAGUGUUCUGCACCGUGCAAAUGAACACGAAUUUGAAUCUUCAAAUAGCUGCAAAGAGCCUCGAUAACGCUGUUUACAAUAGCGUCAAAGAUGUUAUUGAGGUGCGAUAUGGGUCCACCGAAAUAGGCUGGAUUUGGGCCAAUGGCACUUUGAUGAUUAUAAACGGAAGAGGUAAAGCCAUGCUGUCCGAGACCCAACGCGAUAUCGUGGCCAAAAUUCUGGGAAAGGAGAACUUCAAGGCCGAACCCCACCACAAUCUUUUGCAUCUACGUCUCUUCUCCGUUGCCUUCUUUCCCUGGAGAGUUUCUUUGGCAGAAUUUAGUGGGACCUGCGCCCUUUCUCCAGGUCCAUUUCUUAGUGAGAUGCAAUACGUCUACUAUGUGGAUAAGGAAUUGCCAGGAGUGUCAGCUCGACUUCACGAGUCGGGAAUGGUCCAAGUGUUCGCCAUGAACACGGCUGAUGCGGAUAAAAUGCUGACAAAACUUUACCUGCUGACAUCCAAUCAUCGAAAGGCCAAAAUUAAGGUCGUCUUAAAUUAG